AUGUAUACUGAAAUCCAGCAUGCCGUCGUGGCCGUCGUGGCCGCCUCAGUGGAAGAUACUAUAGCCACAGAAAACAUUAAGCUCAAACAAGACCUCGCAAUCAACACCCGGGAGAUCGACAGCCUGAAAGGACAACUCGACAAUUUCGAAAGAAAAUUCCGAGAAUUCCGCAUCUUCCACGAAAACGUCAAACGCAAGGGAGCCUCAAAACUCACACACGAAAAGACCGCCACGAUCAAGACACUACAAGAGCAGCUUGAGAACAAGCAACACGACUACCAGGAGGUACUCGAUGAAAUCGAAAUAGCUGGAUAUGAUGCCAAGACAGCUCAAGAAGAAGUUACUCGCUUACUGACCGAUAUUCAAGAUCUGGAGCAGCGACUCGAGGAGGAAGAGGAGACCAAUCGACAGAUGCAACGUCAGUUGGAGACGGCUAAUCGAGAGGGUGUGGUGCUUUCAGAACAGAGGGAGAGAGAUGUGAAGAGGAUUGAAGAAUUGGAACGAGAGCUUGAGGCUGUCAAGCGUGAGGUCAAGAAGGAUCGUAAAGACAGAAGGGCACGUGAAGCUACCGGGGCAAAGGUCUCCAUAAGGUUAUAUGCAACAGAGGAGUCCUCCUCAAAUAUGAGGAGAUCCAAGGCUCAAAGUCGGGAAGGAAAUGUGCAAGGGGGAACAGGGGGUCACACUCGUGGAGAAAGGAACGUCACGAGUGAGGAUUCGAGGGAGAGUGGCAUGCUACAAUUACAUUCAUCUGAGAAUUCAGAAAUAUUGUGGGGAUUGUUAGAUCGAAAUAUUGCUGAUUUCGAGGCGGAGGAGGUUGCGAAUUCUGCAACUGGAAAAUUGUAG